GGGCAUCGCUGUGGAUAUGAGAUACUAGAUAAGGAAACUAAACAAUUAAUGUUAUUUUAAAGUGAAGUUUGACCCUGUAUUUGGUCAAGAGAUGGUACAUCCGUGCUAUUUAGGACUAAACAUUUUAAGCCAUGUGUUACUAACCAUUUUUAUAACUGAACAGACAGUUCUUGCAGCUCCGGAGCCGGAACCAAUAGGAGUGUCUAAUUUUGGGAAAAGAUUUGUCGUGGCCUUGCCUGGACAAAAGGGUCAGCGGAGAUUAUUUGUCAACUUUGUCUUGUUUACCCUGGAAUAUGGUAAUUUUAAUGUCACAUUAUCUACCAAAUGGUCGAACCAGAGUACGGACUAUAACUAUACCAUUACUAAUGGAAGACCAGCUCAAGCAAGACUCAGUCAUGAAUUCGUUGGGUUUGAAAAGUACGGGCAAAAGGGCAAUAGCUAUGCGCUGCAAGCAAACUUCAGAUUCUCAUGCCAGGUUUUUCUGGAGAAUAAAGCUCACUUCAAUAUUUCGGCUCAUUUCUUGGCAUUGCCCAUGGAGGGAUGGGGACAAUGGUAUCUCCUGUUGACAACAAACUCUAAUCCUUCCGUUCAAGUUGUCAACGGUCUCUCAGAGCAAAGGGUUCAAAUAUUGGCUCCUAUAAGAGAACAAUCAGUUUUACGUAAUUUCGGAUACCAAAGAGAGGCGUAUGGAUUUUAUUUAUUAAGUGAAGAAUCCUGGAGCUUACAGCUAUGCACUGGGAAACUCCGGAAUUCAUCUUUCUCAGGAUACAAGCUUAAGGGGACUAGCCCGUAUGGCGUCAUUACCGGAAGUUGUUUUGAUGAAGAGCUAUAUCUCGCUUCAGACCCAGGCUGUAGACCAGACAUUAACUUAGACAUGCUGUUUCCCAUCUCGGAGUACGCCACGAAAUUCAUUGUUACCAAGCCUGUGAAAUUCGAGGGGCACCUGAAGAUCGUUGUCGCCAAAGCGAAAACUCAAAUCUCAAUCGACGGUCUAACGAUCAGCAAGAACUUCACUUCGCAGCGCGAUCUAGAGUUGAUAAGUUUUGAGAAGGAGAACAUGGUGGGACCACAUUUCAUUAUGUCGACAGGAGCGAUAACUGUUGCCUUCUUCGUCAUCACAUCUUGCAAGUCUAAUAGUUACGUAGAGAUUGCGUCCACCAUCUUUGUACCUACUGGACUGUACAUGGACAACUAUUACUGGACAAUCUACAAAGAAGAAACCAUGAAGAAUUACUUACUAAUGAUAGCAAGAACUGGGGAUUUAGAAUUUGUUUACAUCAAUGGCUAUCAGAUGGAAAGUUCAGCCAAAAACGUCUGCACUUUGUUAAACUACACAUCGUACCAGAGUAAAGAUAGGUCCAAACGGAAGGCUGGAAUGUGGUUAAGUUUGGACUACCAGCUACUGUUAGACGGCUACCAUCAACUGUACAACAAGAACGGUCUAAGACUUUCAGUAUUCCUCUAUGGUCAAAGAGAUAGGGCGACGUAUAUCUAUCCAGCUGGGUUCAUAGUCCCGCCCAAAAGUCUGAGCACUUGCGGAGAUACUACUUCCGGUCAUACAGAAGGUGACCUCAUUGACAAUGACUGCGAUGGCUACAUUGACGAGGAGGAGCGUGACCAUGAAGAUAACGAUGGCGAUGACAGAAUAGACGAAGAUAAAGGCAAAUCUCCACUCACGAACGGACUUUGGGCGGAUUGGAAAGGUUGGCAGUGUGAAAGUACUUUCGCGACAACCGCACAUAGAAACAGAUACUGUGAUGACCCACCACCAUACAACGGAGGUAUGCCUUGCUCCGGCUCUGACGUGGAUGUAUUGAGUAAUAUUAAUUGUACCAAUAUCGAAUCUGCUGUUAUAGUGAAUCCUAGUCGGCUCAUCGAGGCUAUACACUGCCACCUACGCCCUGACAGGGUAAUCACAGCUUACAUUGAAUGGAGCUGUUAUGACCUGAGGGAUUACGGCAACCUAAAAUGUCAAAGUCACCCACCGCUUUAUUUGAUAAAUAAGGAUUGCUUCACUUGUAGCGAUAUACUGCGUCGUCAAUUUAACUGGCUCCGUUAUAGUGACAGCGAUGUCUACGGGAAUACGAUUCAUUCAACCGCACGAAGGACAGAGCCACACACUAUCGAUGGAAAGUUUUGUCAAAGUGAUGAUCCAGCCAUUUACAGAAACCAAACCUGCUAUAUCUGUCAUGACUAUUUCUAUACUGCUGAGGCAUUCAGGUUGGCAAUACCCAUGACUACUACCAUUUCUACUAGAACUACUACGACUACAACAAAGACCAGCUCAGUGACCACACUACUGACCCCUAAACAAUCUCAAAAAACAAGCAACAUGACAACGUCACCAUCUACAAGCAGUACUACAGCACCUAGAACAACAGAAAUUACUUUGCCCAAACAGAAUGUCACUAGAGUAACAGCAAAACUUUUGACGGAGGCUAAACUACUUUAUGGCUUCUGGGGGGACUGGUCUGCUUGGAGUUGCUUGCCGAACUGCUCUGUAAGAAAUAUAGUCCGUACAAGACCUUGUCUUGAUCCACCACUAGGUCCGCGUGAUUUUAAUUGUCCAGGAUUCGCCUACCAGCUCGGGGACAAGACAUCUUGCAAUGAACAGUGCGCCACAAACUGCUCUAAAGGUUGGUGGGGCUUCAAUUGCUCCAAGUCUUGCAUCAACUGUGAAACCGCAUGUGACAAAGACACAGGCAGCUGCGCGGUGUGUAUCCCAGGAUACCGUUACCCCAGCACAGCAUGCGAUCAAGAGUGCGCUCCCUUUACUUUCGGUCGUGGUUGUUCGGGAGACUGCAGCUCCAUCUGUCGUGGGAAAGACUGUAUUGAUAGAAGGCUUGGCACUUGCCCUGCUGAGACACAUGACUGGAAAUCAAAGAUUUGGUAUUUCAUUUUUGUAGUCUGUAUCAUCUUAACGGUUGCCCUCUGCAAGUUGAGUGGCAGACGUCCACCGCAGAAGUACGCAACGGAAGAGGACGCUGUGAUCAAUGAAGGCCGUGAAGUGUUUGACGGUCUUUAACCUCCGCCUGGACUGAUGGAGCUACCACCUUACUAGGGCAUACUGACAUCUAGGAUAGACCAGAGACCUCUGACUUUUGAAAGAACAGAGCUCAAGCGUUGUUGACACAGUCAAUGUCACAGUCAAUGACACAGUCAAUGGUUCUGAUCGAUAGUGUUAAUAAGAAAAUGCACUCCUGAUUUGUCAUCGCCGCAAUCCCAUAAAUCAUUGUGAUAAUCACCAAUCGCCAAGAUGACAUGUUGUAUCUAUUUAAUGACAUUUCUUUGAGAUGCCUUAUUGAUACUUGUAAUAUUUCAUGAGUACACAUUAAGGCAUUUGACAUGUUUUUUUGAUGUGUUUAAAUAGUGUAUGGUCAUUUUGUUCUAUUAAUAACUUUAAUAAUAAAGUGUAGUUGUUUU